AUGCAAAGAAUUUGCAUUCUUCUAGUUUGGUUGCCUUAUUUUACUAGAGCAUCAGAACAUCGAAUUCAUGAAGGAUCUGUGGCUGAAAUCGGGAAAUUUCCAUAUCAAGUAUUUAUUCAGCGCAUCACUGAUCGAGGGACUGUCGUAGUUUUUUGUGGCGGGUCAAUAAUAAGCAAACGUUAUGUACUAACAGCUGCGCAUUGUCUAAACAAAUUCCGGAAAAAUAAGCUCCGUGUAGUUGUAGGUACUAAUUCGCUAGUCAACCACAAUGAAUCAGCAGUUUACGAAAGCGAAUCGACCAUCAUUCACGAGAGAUAUAAUCCAAAUAAACCUGCUAUGCUCAAUGAUAUCGCUUUGAUACGCGUCAACAAAGAUAUCGAGUUCAACGAAUUCGUGCAGCCGGUAAAAUUAGCAAAGGCCGGUCACGUUACUAAGGCCGGAGCCAGGCUCUCGAUUUCCGGCUGGGGAAGAACAAGAGACAAAGGCCCGAGACUGAAAGAUUUAUUGAUGGCUAAUAUUAAAGUGGUAGACUCUUCACAUUGCCCUAAAUUUGGAAAACAUAAAAGCUUAAUGUGUUAUACUGGAGUAAAAAUCCCUACAGCAAGCUCAUGCAGAGGUGAUUCCGGAGGUCCAGCGGUUAAUAAAAACGGCGUUCAAGUGGGGAUCAUCAAGUCAUCUCUAAAAUGUGGCGCGUUGGAGAUACCGAGCGUUUUGACCAGGGUGUCUUACUUUGCGAAUUGGAUAAAAGAAAAGACGCAAGACGAAGGAAGCGCUUCUCUGACUAAAUGGGAAAAAAUGGUGUUUAAAAUCUGGUUGAUAAAGAAAUUAUUAAAUGAUGGAAUAGAUAGUUAG